AACAAGUUCCAUUUACAAGCGGUCGUUGGCCAGAAUUUUCCGUUAAAUAUAAUAUAAAAUUCGAUCGUUAUAAUUUUGUUUAUCGUUGCGUCGUUACCGUCACGAUGAAAUGAGCUUUGAUAGUGUUGUGCCCUAAUGGUCCCAAAUGUCGAACUUUAAGGUUUUAGUGAUUUGUGUAUGAGAUCAAAAUGGCCGGCAAGAUCACCGCUGCUUUCUUUGUCUUCGUCACCGUCGCUUUCCUCGCCAACAUUGGAUUUGUCGUCGGCAACCCUGCGAUCGCAACUGGCUACGAUCCCCUGGAGGUUUGCAUCGAGAACUGCGCACAAUGCAAGAAGAUGCUCGGAGCGUGGUUCGAGGGUCCCCUCUGUGCUGAAUCCUGCAUCACCUUCAAGGGAAAGCUGAUCCCCGAGUGUGAAAACUUCGCGUCAAUCUCACCUUUCCUUAACAAACUAUAAUUUUUUCUACUAUGGAGGUUGUGGAUUGAUUGAUUGAUCAUGUGUCGCUGUGAAAUGGGACAUUUUGGUAGUAGGUACAAAAAUAUUUGAGUUAACUUAUGUGGACACAAAAAUACAGGGAAUGUUUUCGUUAUAAGGCCUUUUGAAACGUAUAAGAAUUGUUUAUUCUAACAAUGAGAUACAUUUUUAGUUUUAAUUCCGCUGUAGAGGCUACCGCGGACUAGCAUGGAUUUCUGCAAAGUAACGACUAAUUCUAUUCCAUAUAGUUAUGUUUAUUAUUUAUUCCUACAAAAUAUUGAAGAUAAAAUGUAUUUUAUUUUCUACUUACCCAGUGAUAUUUUGUACUUAAAAGUCCCAGGGACAUUUUCCAAGUCCUAUGCAUUUUACAAACGAAUACAUAAGCUGUCCCUUUUCUCUGCCUACCCCUUUUGCUCAUUUCACAGCGAUACUAGAUUGAUAAGAGAUCCAUUACAAAAACAUUCCAACCGACGACAUGCCAAAGCAUUUGAUACUCUAUGUAAUUAGCUUUAAGUCGAUAUUUGUAAGUUUUAUACUCGUUUUAUAUUACAGGGAUUAAUGUAAGAUAGUAUUGAAAAAUAAAAAGAAUUUUAUCGAUAA